GUACUAGGCGGGCGGUGUCAGGCUCUCGGUGGCGGCGGAGGCGGCGGAGGCCCGGGAGGAAGAUGUCGUAAUGAGCGAGACAGCCAGAAAUUGAAAGGAAAGGGGAGACAGAGAGGGAAAGAUACAGAGAGACGCCAGCCAGCAGCACUGCUUUACCACUUGUGAAGCCUCCUCCCCUGCAGGCUUGAUGAAGGCAGAGAUUGAGAAGACAAGGGUUGCUGAGCUUGAGUAGGGACAUGUGAGGAGAGAUUAUUAGCCUCUCUUGGAAAAGCAGCAAUUCACAGACCAGCAUGGCUGCCACUGCCGCUGUUAGUCCCAGUGACUACUUGCAGCCUGCUGCCUCCACCACCCAGGACUCCCAACCAUCUCCCUUAGCUUUGCUUGCUGCAACAUGUAGCAAAAUUGGCCCUCCAGCUGUUGAAGCUGCUGUGACUCCUCCUGCUCCUCCUCAGCCCACACCACGGAAACUCGUACCCAUCAAGCCAGCCCCUCUCCCUCUCAGUCCUGGCAAGAACAGCUUUGGAAUCUUGUCUUCCAAAGGAAAUAUACUUCAGAUUCAGGGGUCACAACUGAGCACUUCCUAUCCUGGAGGGCAGCUGGUGUUUGCUAUACAGAAUCCCACCGUGCUCAACAAAGGGACCCGGUCAAAUGCCAACUUCCAGUACCAGGCUGUCCCUCAGAUUCAGGCAAGCAAUUCGCAGACCAUCCAAGUACAGCCCAAUCUUACCAACCAGAUUCAGAUCAUCCCUAACACCAACCAAGCCAUCAUCAGCCCCUCAACAUCAGGUCACAAGCCUGUGCCUAUCAAGCCAGCUCCCGCCCAGAAGUUGAGUACCACCACCACCCCUGUGCAGAGUGGGGCCAGUGUGGUAAAGCUGACAAGUGGGGGUGGCAAUGUGACACUCACUCUGCCUGUCAACAACCUCAUGAACACCAGCGACACUGGGGCCACCACUCAGCUUCUCACAGAGAGCCCUCUCACCCCUCUGUCUAAGACUAAUAAGAAAGCCAGGAAGAAGAGUCUUCCUGCCUCCCAGCCUGCCGUGGCUAUGGCCGAGCAGGUGGAGACAGUACUGAUUGAAACCACUGCAGACAACAUCAUCCAGGCAGGAAACAACCUGCUCAUUGUUCAGAGCCCUGGCGGGGGCCAGCCAGCUGUGGUCCAGCAAGUCCAGGUGGUGCCCCCCAAAGCUGAGCAGCAGCAGGUGGUACAGAUCCCCCAGCAGGCCCUGCGGGUGGUGCAGGCGGCAUCUGCCACCCUCCCUACGGUUCCCCAGAAGCCCUCCCAGAACUUUCAGAUCCAGGCAGCUGAGCCAACGCCUACCCAGGUCUACAUUCGCACUCCUUCCGGUGAGGUGCAGACAGUCCUUGUCCAGGACAGCCCUCCAGCAACAGCUGUAACCACCUCUACCACCACUUGUAGUAGCCCUGCAUCCCGUGUUCCUCACCUGAGUGGGACCAGCAAAAAGCACUCAGCCGCAAUUCUCCGGAAAGAGCGUCCCUUGCCAAAGAUCGCCCCUGCUGGGAGCAUCAUCAGCCUGAAUGCAGCUCAGCUGGCGGCAGCAGCUCAGGCCAUGCAGACCAUCAACAUCAAUGGUGUCCAGGUCCAGGGUGUGCCUGUCACCAUCACCAACACAGGAGGACAGCAACAGCUGACGGUGCAGAAUGUUUCUGGGAACAACCUGACCAUCAGUGGGCUGAGCCCCACACAGAUCCAGCUGCAAAUGGAGCAGGCCUUGGCUGGAGAGGCGCAGCCUGGGGAGAAGCGGCGCCGCAUGGCCUGUACUUGUCCCAACUGCAAGGAUGGAGACAAGAGGUCUGGAGAGCAGGGCAAGAAGAAGCACGUGUGCCAUAUCCCAGACUGUGGCAAGACUUUCCGGAAGACGUCCCUGCUGAGGGCCCAUGUGCGCCUGCACACCGGGGAGCGGCCCUUUGUCUGUAACUGGUUCUUCUGUGGAAAGAGGUUCACACGGAGUGACGAACUGCAGCGGCAUGCACGUACCCACACAGGGGACAAACGCUUUGAGUGUGCCCAGUGUCAGAAGCGCUUCAUGAGAAGUGAUCACCUCACCAAGCAUUACAAGACACACCUGGUCACGAAGAACUUGUAAGGCCAACUGAGGGGGGCGCCCAGAAGAUGUCAUGGGCCCACCUCAUCCUCUCCCUCCUAUUCUGCAACUGUCCCCACCAGAAGGGACUCUGCUGCCCCAUACUCGCCUCGUUCUGAAGCCCCUUGGCUCCACACUGGUCCUUCCUUCUCACCACACGCUCCCGGCCUGCCCCGACUGUGGACACUGGCCGUGCCCAAUGAGACGUUCUAAAUCAGAACGAGUGGGAACCCUUAUUUCCAAAGGAAAAACAUGAAUUUCACUCCGUCGAGGAGCAAAGUGAGCCCCUUCCCUUCCCCCCAACACUGCCAGAGUUGCAUCGUGCCAUGCCCCUCCCUCACCCCCCAGGCCCUGCCCCCAGGGCCUUGCUGGCAUCCACCUCUGGAGAAGCUCAAGAAGCUGCUUCCACUCCACAUGCCCUGGCCCUGCCACCACUCUUCUCCAGCACAUUCCAACUUUCUAUUUAAAAAGUCAAGCUAUCCACAGACUCCUCAGCUCCCUUCUUUUUCUACGGAGAACGUUGCCUUAUACUCUACUUCAGAUGAUGAACACUGUGUAUUGUGUGUGCUUUAAAGAAGUUUUAUUUAAUUGCUCCCUUUUUCCUGUCCUUGUUACUCACUUCCUCCAUGCCUGCUUUCAGUUUAGGGUUUGGGGGGGGCAAUAAUGAGUAUAUGAAUUUUUUUCUCAUUCUAGCAAUUCCCUUUUCUAAAUGACACUGCAUUUCAAUUUAAAUCUGGAUCCAGAUUAAAACUCCUUCACAUACUAAACCUCAUCUCUGUCCCCUCAUCUCACCCACCCCAACUACCCCAAGCUCUACUUGUGUACAGUGUAUAUUGUAAAAUAGACAAUUGUGUCUACUACAUGUUUAAAAAAAAAAACAUAUUGCUUGUUAUUUUUGAGGCUUUUAAAUUAAACAAAAAUCCAACUUUAUUUUUAGUUGUAACUGCUCGAGGUAUGUUUUAUGAAUUAAGUGACAGAUUUGUUAUCCUUUAUUAACAAUGUACUUUGUUGGUCAGUACUGGGCUGACAAAAAAUAUUUCUUGCUAAUAAACUUAGUUGCCUGAGGCAAAAUCUGCA